AUGUUUAAAAAGUUCGAUUCGACAAAAGAUGUCAACGGCUCUCAACAGCUAAAAUCUUCAGUUCAGGUAAGUUUUUCAAUGUUUUCGUCUUGUUUUUAGAGAGGAAAGUUGUGACUUGUAGUUAAUGACUUCUUGUGCCACAGAAAAUUUGUAUCUCAUUUACAAGUAGUUAAGAUUUACGUUUGUAAGCACGAAAGUUUAGUUUUAACCUCUUUUUUAGAAUAUGUUUGGUUCUCAAGGACAUGAAGGCAUGUAUAAUAUAAAUUUCUUUGUUACUUUUUUAAUUAUGUAAAUAAUAAAGCAAGGUGUAUAAAAGUAUCACUACCAGAUACUGUUUUGACUAUUAUACACUCUCUAAGUUAUAUUUUUAGCGAGGAAUCCGAGCCAAGCUUGUAGAAGAAUAUCCACCAUUAUCAACGGUGAUCGAAGAGAUUUUUCCUAAAAAGGAGAAUUUCAAGACAAUCAAGUGCAAGGAUCAUGUUGAAUUGUUAGUUAGUGAAGAUGGCACAGUUCAGUUCAUCAAACAUAGGGAUUUACCUUACAUUCCGUCGCUAAGGCUGCUUCACAAAUAUCCAUUCAUUCUUCCACAUCAGCAGGUGAGCUUUUUUACUUGUUUUUUGAUAUUUAGGUAGUUAUUGGUGGAAAAUGGAGGGGAAUUUACUAUUUUAAGAAGCUCUAGGUUUCAUUUUGUGCAACUCUAAGCCUUAGUUAUUGUUUUUCGUUUAACGGUUGAGACAUGUUAGAUGUCUGGUCUAACAUGAUUCUUUUGAAGUUUUUCAUGUAAACAGGCUUAAUUCGUAACUAAGUUUUGUUUUAAAAUACUGUUUGAAGUUAUGGCUUUCUUUUGACUAUAAUUUUGACUAGUUUCAAAUAUAUCAAUAUAUUCAAUAUUGACAUAAAUUUGAAGACCAUCAAGUAUAAUCUUAUUUUCUAAAUUUAAUGACUUGAUUGAUAUUUUUUCAAUUUAAAACAGUAAAAUGUUCAUUUUGUUGAUUUCUAUCGUUUUAGGUCGAUACAGGAGCGAUUCGGCCCGUCCUCAACGGCUCACAUAUCAUGGCACCUGGCUUGAAAAGUGCUGGAGCCAAGUUGGCAGAGAAUGUGAAGAAGGAUCAGAUUGUAGCGGUCAUGGCACAAGGAAUGGAACACGCCAUGGCUAUUGGUCAACAAACUAUGGACUCGAGUGAAAUCGUACAACAAUCAGCCGGUUCUGCCAUCGACAACGUGCAUUAUCUGAACGAUGGCCUUUGGAGAUUGCCCAAAGUCAACUAA